AUGGCCUCAAAUCUAGCAAAUACACUAACCGCACUAGGAUACUCCAUAUUCGAGACAUCCGAUAUCCUAGAAUCUGAUCUCCAAUGGGCUCUAUCACAAUCCAACUCCCAUUUUUUAAUCGACUUUUUGACGCAAGCUCUUGUUGUGAAGAAGAAUAAGAGCGCAUUGGACAAAGAUAGAGCAAAUUCAUUAUAUGGAAUACGUGUCCUAUCAGAUACAGAGUCCAACGGAUAUGCAGCUCUACGAAAGUUGGGCUUGGAUGAAUCGGAUAUGGCUGAUGAUGGAUUUGCGCAGGACGACGACUGCGACGACGACGAGCUCAUUGCCGAAUCUGAUCAACUAGCAGAUGAAUUAUCUCGCUUGAAACAGCUUCAAUUAAAGUUGGAAGCUCAACUUCCAACGUUGAUAAAAGCGAGAUCAGAAACAAAAGCCGACAUCAAACACUGGGAACGGCAGAACGAUCUUGCAGACUCCAUGCUUGAACAACAAAUGCAAACCACUUGUAUCUCAGCUACUCAAACCAUAUCUGCAAUAUCGAACUCUGUACAAUCUGGCGCUGAAUUGAUGUCCGCAGGAUCAGCAACGAGUACACCUGACGUAUACCUGCAUCAAUGUCACGAAGAAGUCGCCAAGUUUGAAUCUGCUGAUGAUGCGAUGAGGAAUGCUGCAAUGUCAUGGAUCUCGAAUGACUGGUUGGAGAUGCCUCAGACAGAAGCAGAAGAAUAUGGUGGUAUGGCUGGGGGUUGGGGUCCAAAUGAGGUGAAUUAUGAAAUCAACAGAUUGCGGAGCUUAUUUACAUUGACGGAACUACAAUUCGUACAAGCGAGUCUGGCUUUAGAGUCCUCCAAGAAGAAGCUCUCUGCUCUAGAGCUAGAAAGGAGGAUUCUGCAAGACGGCGGUGCAAAUGAUCAAACAAAUGCUUUGCAAUAUGAAACUAUUGAUCUGGACGAUCAGAUCUCUACCAUUUGCAACCAAGAUUUGGCUCUGAUCUUGAACUAUAUCGCAGACCUCCAAAUCGUUCAUCCAGUCAAAUCGUUACGCCUCUCUCAAAACAUAGCCAAGCAAGCUGAAACAAUCAAGUCAGCCGAGCAGGCUGAAGAUCUGCUCAAACGGCAACACGUCUUCCAUUCAUUGCUACUAAGCAUAUUGUCCUCCGACAAGGAGACAAUGCAGUCUCAUAAAGCAAUGGUGAUGAGUUUGUUGCAGGAUAUCAAAGAACGUCAUAAUCAGAGUGUGAAGAGACAGAAUUUCUUGUCCUCCGGUUCUCCCGAUGCGAUGAACGAUUCACUUCUCACCUCCAUUCAAACAAGUUUGGGAUGUGAAUCUGGAGCGUCGAUAGAGAAUGUGAAUCAUGUUGGGAAAGAGUUGUCUCAUCGAGUCGGGAGUUCUCAAGAGACCCUAAAUGGACUGUUUAUGGAGACUAUUCCAAAUGGUGUCAAGGAAAGUAUGCAAGCUGAAACGAAGCUCUUGUCAUUGGUGAGCAGUUUCUCUGUAUCGUCGAUACCCUUGUCUUCUCCCAAGGAAAUAUACGAGUUACAAGCCCGUGUCAAGGAAGCAACUGCACAAUUACAAUCUCGAUUUAAAGAAAUUAAUCGUGAAGCAUCAGCUGCACUUGCAUAG